CAUAAAGUACCCGACCUUUGGAACCAAACGCAGAAAGGGGGAUUCGUGAAUUAUUAUGACUGAGCACACUGAUAGAAUCAGCCACGUUUUGACUAGUUCUUAACUUUAUGAAGCCAAAACUAAUGGCUCUGUCUAUGUGAUAACGUUGGCGAUAAAAAGCACUGGCGUUUGACGAGACAUUAUAAAUGACUGCGCACUGACAGAGCAGGAACUCAGUCAUGUGAUGAUUCCCCGACCAGGAUUCAAGUCACAUCCACCGGUAUAUACGUUAACAACGUUCACUGCAAUUCAUGCAUGUUAUUCCUCAUCCCAUCUCAUUCUUCGGUUUUAUUUUCUUCCGUGCGGACUCCUGUCUCGUUGACGAGCAGACAAUCAACUGCCGGCAGAUUGCAAUCAUUCACGGAUUGAAAAGCUGAGCACACCACUGAGCUUCGAGACGGACCUUCACCGAGUCUGAUCGCCAAUCUGACAGCAUCGAUACCAUCAAGCAAAGAUGGAAAACGCAACCACUAUGAUGCAAGAAACUCCCAAGACGACUCCCACAACUUCGAUGACCGUCUACGCCGACCGGGACGAGCUUUCGCCCAGUGACAAAUUCGGAAUCGCCAUCUACUGCAUCAUUGGCUGCUUCGGUCUGGUAGGCAACCUCUUCGCCUGCAUCGUGUUCAAGACGAUCAAAUCCAAACGGAACCAGGUCAGUUUGCUCAUCUUCACGCAAGCCGUGGCCGAUCUGGUAUCGAGUUUCGUCUUAAUAAUAUUCGGUAUCACCAGGGUGUAUCGACACCGGUUGCCGACUACCGGCAGUACCGGCGAGUGGCUCUGUCGAUUCUGGUGGACUCGAUUCCUCAUCUUUUACUUCUUCGCCAUCUCCACGUACAACCUGACGCUGAUCUCGCUGGAGCGUUACAUAGCCGUGGUGCACCCGUUGACCUACGCCAAACGCUUCACUCGACGCAACACCAAGAUCUUCGUUGUCGUCAUCUGGCUGUUAUGUCCCAUCAUGCAGUGGGGUCAGCCUUUGUGGGGUUACACAGUGGUCAACGGUACCUGUGUGACUGUUGCAUCCUGGGAUCAAGUCGGACAGCCUUUCUUUGGUGUCCUGCUGUUCCUGUGGGAGCUCAUAACUCCAAUUUGCGUCAUGGGCGUGUGCUUCUUCUCCAUCGUCAGAACCUUACGGAGGAAGGAGCUGGCGUGUAGGACUCCCACUAUGGUCAAAGUCAAACCAGAGAGAGCUGGCUCCGUCUUCAAACCAGCCAAGAAGAAAGUUCGUCGAGACAUCACCAUGACGCUCUUGAUCCUCUUCAUCCUGUUCGUCAUCUGCUGGACUCCCAACCAAACCACGUUCGUCCAGUUCAACCUCGGAGGCCCGCUGGAUUUUAACGGUGGGUGGUACCACUUCACUGUGAUCCUAGGUUUCAUGAAUUGCUGCAUCAAUCCGUUCGUCUACGCCUUCCGACUGCGGCAGUUCCGCGUUCGGGUCCUACUCAUGUUGAGGUGUCGGUGUGGCGCUUUCGACCGCGCGGACGAGUCCGACAACGAACUGUUCCGCGAUCCGGCCUCCACCAGCAGCAAGUGGUCGACUCGCCGGGAGAAACUCGGCAAGAUGUUUAAGCUGACGCGGCACGACAACGCCAGUAUCUCGCGGACUCCGGAGAAUACUGCCUCGCCUGAGGGUUCACCAUUUCCUGCAAAGAAGGCCACCUCAAAUCAGACACACAACACCAACGGAACGUCGUAAAGUAUGCAUUUAUUCAUACAUUUAGUUUAUAGCAAGUCGUUGCAUUACAAGACAAUAUGAUAAUUAGUAGUUUUAAGACUAUAAACGCUACAACAAACUGAACCGUAUUUGAGCUUUGGAUAUACCAAUGUUUAAAUCAUGUCCGCAGCUUGCUUGCCAUAGGAAGAUGUAUUUAUUUUUUUCUAACUUAGAAUUUACUGAAAGGGAAAUGUAAGAGAGUGCACUCAUUUGGCAUCGACCCAUUGUUAUUAUUGUCCUUUGACCCAACGUGAACGCACACACAGGCGUAUGGCCGGCCAAUUCUCUCAAAACCACUGUAAUGUCUUUACCCGGUUAGCAGGGAAACAGACACUGUAAACUAUUGUUAUUGUAAAUGCCGCUAUUUUCCUUCAUAUAGCUAUUAAAUUAAUAAGUCUAGACCUGUUUUGAGACUGGACGCUGAUAAUGACCCCUGCCUUCGGCUCGGGUCAUUAUCAACGUCCAGACUCCAAACCGGUCUUAAACAUAGUGUUUAAAACCGGUCAAGCACACAUUUUAUUCCCUUAUUCAUAGCCCAUAUAUACUUUUUUUCUAGACAUCAUAUCAUUUUGCAUUAACGGACUCUGUGAUCAAACCAAAGAGGGCGAUUUGACAAAUACUGUACAGCGUUCACAUUGUAUGUUUAUACUGAAUAUUAUAUGGUUAUACUAAUGAUCUAUCGACGCUCUUUUUCAUUUCAACCAUUGAGGGGGUACUUGAACGAAGUUCGCCAAACGUGUUUAUUCAAGGAACGAGAUUGUUCUUAUAAAGUUAAAUACCGUGAGCAACGUGCCUGUUGCUCGGUAAUACGCAGUUUAUCUCAGCCCUGGGGAAGUGUGCCGUUCUGUCUUGCCAUCAGUAAAGCGACAUAGUUACACUAGCUUGCAUUUCUUUGAAAUGAGGGACAUGAAGAAAAAUAAAGGUUUAAUUGUUCAGAAAAAAAAAACAUUUUCUUUGAGCAGGAUCGUUGAUUGAUGUUUUAAGGAGAGGUGCUUGAGAAACAACACCUUCUAAAUUAAAUAUUUUUCUUCAUUUUUUUUCUAAUGUAGUUUUGGCUUCAAGUGUGUCGUGAAUAUCACCAAAGAGAUAUUUUUUUCAAGCAGACUGUAACACUUGCGUGACAUGUUUAAUAAAACAAAACAGGAAAAAAGAAUUAAAAUUUUAAUCUUCAAGGCUUUUCUAAUGUAGUUUUGACUUCAAGUGUGUUAUGAAUGUCACCAAAGAGAUACUUUUUUUGUUCAAGCAGUUAUUGCAUGCAUGACAUAUUUUAUAAAACAAAACAGAUAAUAAGAAUUAAUAUUUUAAUCUUCAAGGCUUUUCUAAUGUAGGUUUGACUUGAAGUAUGUUAUAAUAUCCCACAAACGAGACUCGUUUAAAUCAAACAGUAAUAGUAACAGUUGCAUAUUUGUAUUAUAAACCAAUACAAGAAAUUCGAAGACAGUGUAAUACUAUUUUUUUACUUCGAAUCUUAUAAUACCAUCUCCAAGGUUAUAAUUAUGUACAUAAUAUUUAUCCGGAGAAGAAAGUAAACACACUCAGCAAGAGUUACGUGUAUAAUUGAACUGUUCCUUAAAGGGAAUAUACAACAUUUGCAAAUAUCAACAAACAAAACUACCAAUUUAUCACGAAAUGACCUUCAGUGA